AUGGAUAAACUUAGACAAAAUCAUAAUAUUGCCAAAAGAAGGAUAAUAUCCACUCAGAAAGGGAACGUUCUUGAUGUUGGUUCAGGGCAGGGUGGGGAUGUCACUAAGUACAUGCGCAACAAUAAUAUCAAGACUACCCUUUUAGAGCCAACUUCUAACGACUUCGGUGGUUUAGGCAAUAUGCUUAUGGAUCGCUUAAAAGGGAUAAGCACCGAACAAAGAUCUAAAUUCACCGUUGUGAGCUCAAAGAUUGAAGAUUUUGAAACAGAUUCUCUUUUUGACAAUAUAAAUAUGUUUUUUAGUUUAACUCACAUUAAUAUCGAAAUUCUUGUUGAAAAGUUAAACAAAAUUCUUUGUAGUAACGGGAGUAUCUACGGCAUAGCGAUGUUUGAAGAAGAUGUUAUGUAUACCAAUACACCUGGAUUUAGUAUCCGGUCUGAAGGUCUUAGGAGAGUUGUGAAUGUUCACAAUAGUCAUGUCAUCAAUGUUUAUGAAAAUAAAAUUUCGUUUAAGGCAUUUGUUGCCCUGAUGUCGAAAUACUUUGUUUGUGUUCGAGUAGCUAAAGUAGGUGAACAUGUAACGAUGUCCAAUUAUGAAAUUAUGUUUAACGAUAUGAAUACGAUAUUUAUGUUUAAAAGAAAGAACACAGAACUAGGUAUUAGUUGUUAUAUUGACGCAUUUACGUCUCCACCGAGAGGUUUUGUCGUUGAACGAGAGUUGAGAUGCGUUUUAGGACGCGACGGUUUGAGAAACUUAGUUUUUGAUGAAUGCUUCAACAAUGACUAUGAUAUAUUUAGUGUCUUUAAUCAUAACUGCAGUGUAAGAAAAUAUGAUGACGGUAGUAUGUUGAUUAAAUCAUUACUUUUUAAGAAGAAAGAAAUAGUUAAUCAUGUCGAGUAUAAUAUAUGUGUAUCGUUUGAAAAGGACACCAAGUCUAUGCCACCCAAUGUAUCACAUGAAGCAAGGCGACGGAUGAAACGACACAUCAAGAAAUUAACACAUGGAUGUACUUUGUUUUUAUCAGAAAUAGAAGAUUCGGAAGAUGAAAAAAAGAUAGAGAUGGAGAUUGAAUUUGAUAAUGAUUUAUCUAUGGCUGAAAGAUACAUGAUUAGCCUACUCAGCGAAAAAAGAAAUCCAUUUCUGCUACCUAGACUCCCUCCUCCAAAUCUUGUUACAGGCGGAGAAUCUACUAUCAAAGGGUUUGUUGCAACUCCGAAACUUGAUGGUGAAAGAUUAUAUCUGUUCGGCAAUAGAAGACUCGGUAUCUGGUCAUGGAAUAGAAAUCAGCGGUUAGAGCUAGUGAGUGAACAUUGCAAUAUUGAUAUUAUCCUUGAUUCAGAGUUGAUGUCUGAUGGUAAAUAUGUAGUGCUUGAUGUUGUCGAUAAAAAACUUAAUCUUUCGGAAAGAAUGUCGAGAGUCAAUCAAAUAGUAUAUAUGUGGAAUAGACUAUAUGACGUAGGGUUGGUAUCUAAGACUGACAAAGAAACUAUUGCUUUAUAUCCAGAAGAUGGAACAAUUUAUACUAGUAAGGGUAUAUACAAUUCUCCUAUAUACAAAGUAAAAAGAAUCAACACUAUAGAUAUAGCUGUGUUGUCUGACGGAAGCAUCGCUGAUCAAGAUGUUAUCCCCCAUGUAGAAAAACUGUUGAAACAGAAACUGGAACCUGGAAUUUAUGAGGUAACCUUUUCUGGUGAAGUAAUUAAAAAGAGACAUGACAAAGCUCACGCAAAUUAUAGAGACGUCAUAGUCAACACAAUGACUUGGGUUAAUGCGAUGAAGGAUCGCGGAUAUAAAUUGGCUUAA